CGUCUCCUUUUUAAUUCUUCAUGAUAAUCCAAUUUUUUGCAGUUAUUGUCGCGGGAAUCGUUCUUUUUCGCAAAAUGCUCUUCCAAAAAGCCAAAAACUUGGAAAAUCAAGUUGUCCUGAUAACGGGCGGUGCUAAGGGUCUCGGGAAGGAAAUUGCCAUGCAACUUGCGAAAUAUAACUGCAAAAUUGCAAUUGCUGACUUGGACAUGGCAAAUGCUGAAAAAACUUGUGACGAAUUACGAACGCAAGGAACACUCGAUGUCAAGGCUUACAAAGUUGAUGUGUCAAGUUUAGCUGAAAUUGAGCACUUAAAAACGCAAAUAACGAAGGAUUUGGGUCCCGUGGAUAUUGUCAUCAACAAUGCUGCGAUAAUUAUGAUUCGUUCGGUGCAAGAAGAGAACCCGGAACUACUUCAGAAGAUGAUUGACGUGAAUGUCAUGUCACUUGUGUGGACAACUCGCGUCUUUUUGCAAGAUUUGAUCGAUAAAAAGCGCGGGCAUAUUGUCUCAAUAUCCUCGAUUGGAGGUUUAUUUGGUGCCCCGGACUUGCAUGUUUAUAGUACGAGUAAAUUUGCCGUAAGGGGGUUCAUGGAAGCACUUUAUACGGAUCUUCUGAGGUACGACAACGAUAAAUUUGUGAAAACAACGACGGUUUUUCCGUGUUUUAUCAAUACAGGAAAUUCAAUUGAAGAACACACAAACAACAAUUAUAAAUUAAUAAAAAUGUGGGAUGUGAAGUCAGUUGCAAAGAGAAUUGUGAAGGCGAUUCGAUAUGAUGAGAGAAUUGUCACGAUACCAUCGAUUGCAUACAUUUUUGGAUAUAAAAUACAAAUACCGACGUUCAUUUGGAGGGCUUUUAUUAAAAACAUGACGAAACCCAAAAAAAACUGAAUAAUUUUAAGAAUUAAAGCCAAGUACAAAAAUUCAAGGGAGCAUCAUAGGAGCAAAAAAUAAAACAUUUAUUUAUUGAAAAAAAAUCACCUUUGAGAAAUUAAAAAAAAAAAUCACAAAAAAUUAAAAAUUUCACAAAUCCAACUCCCGACAAACAUCAUAUUCCUCUUCGUGAUGGCAAAAACACCAAUCAUGUCCCCUAAAAUACGCUUCGCCAGGUUCGCAAUUUUCGGGACGCCCGCAUAACAUUUCCGUACAAAUAUCAUCUUCACCUGGAUAUCCACAAGUGCAAAUAUUACAUCCGUUGGUCCAUUGUUCCAUCGGAGCGCAAUCGAUUGGGCGCAAAAAUUCGUUAACAGCUGCUGAUUUGGUUACUUUACAAAUUAAAGUUUAGUUAAAAAAAUAUUUUUUAAAUAAUUUUGUGCGUUAAUUUCAUACCAAGAACCAUAAAAAGUACAAAA